AUGCUAAAUGUGCUACUUACUUCUCGAAAGGAGAGUGUCACAGGACGUGGAGAUACAACAUAUCACAAGUUUAAACCAGAAUUCCUAACAAAUCAAGACAGUUGGAUCCUAUUUCAAAGAAUAGCAUUUCCUCGGAAACAUGAUUCGAGUAAGCAACGUUUUUUAAAGUCAACUGUUAUUCAAUCGGGGGAUAACAUUACACCCUAA